AGAAAACCAAAAGGUUCGAUAAUCGUACGUACUGAUCGGUAUUACGAGAUUAUUGCGCGCCAGUCUCAAUGUCGCUGUUCUUCGAUGAAACGUACCGCUGGCGAAUUGCGCAAUCGGAUUGCGUAAAAUUCAUCGAUAUCUCGCUCGACGAGAGAAUGCCGGACCGUGUGACACGACGGAUAAGGUGAAAAAGGUAGGGGGACGGUGGUUCGCUAUUUCGGAUGGUAUUCGACGAAAAGGUAGUCGAGCGAAUACGAGGAACAGGAUGGUCGUUUCUAUAGCUGCCAUUGAAAAUGACACCGAUCCACCAGGUAGUUUCACUUUCCAGCGAAUAUAUAAUUUCCAUGCUUUUCCGGGCAAAUUCUCGAACGAUGGGGAAUCUCGAGUCGCUGCGGGCUUUCGCCUGCCUCUGGAGAAUCUAUCGCGUCGUCGUUUCGCGUCGAAAAUUACCGUUUAACGCGAUACGACAAUUUCGCCAGAAUCUUUCACAUAAUUUAGCGUAACGCCACGCGGAGUCGGUGGAGGUUUCGCGGAUCGGAGAAGCGAAUAGUCUCGCGGUAACGAAGCUCGUGCGAGUAGCGCAAAAGGCCGAGCAACGUGGUAUUUGAAUAAAAGUGCGCGCAGGUACCCGUUUCGAAAACUCCAUACUUUACCUUCCGUUCGAACGAACUUGUAAAAUCCAUCGUAUUUCCGUAAAGCGAAGUUCGAGUUGGGAAAAUGGCGUUCGUCGAAUCGGUCGGUGCUCGAAAAGAGUGAGAAAAUUCGGUACAAACGAGACGCGUCGCGCCGAAAAGUCAAACGGGCGCGCUCCCGUGGAGGAAGGGGCAAACAACGAGGAAACGGAGAGAGAGUUCAUCCCCGAUCGAUCGACGGUCGUUCGGACACGGUGACCUCGAUCCUCGAUCCGACGUCUCCUUUCACUCGAGCACUUCUUUCGAGAGCUCUUUCUCGCACCGGCGCUGCCAAGGAACGUGAUUGCAUUCUAUCGCGUUCGCUGGAGUACGCAGGCUCGACGCCGUGUUACCUGCCAGACCGACGUUUAGAUUUCACUUUCAUAAGAUCGGUGGCAGGAAAGUCAAUUGAUCCGCCCCCUAGAACAAGGAUUACGCGCCCACUGCGAGUAUACGAGAGGAAGAUCUGUUCUUUGAUGUAAACGAUGUGGAGUACGAAGGACAUCCCAGCGAAGCUGUGUAUCCUGCUGUUUCUUUGCGAACACGCAACGUGCCUCGUUAUUCCGGAGGAAUUGCCCACCAUACUUUCGCUCAUCUACUCCAACAUCCCACCGAUAAAGAAAGGUACCGACUCGAGGAUAGGCGUUGGUUUCCGGCUUGGCGAACACGCGGACUUCCAGAUGCUGUUUGAGUUGGGACCGCAAACGGAAACCGAGCCCAUUAGCAAUGCCGACUCGAAGAGACGUCGAGACGCGAUGUUCAGCGCGGCGAUGAGAGGAGAGCUCGGAUCGCUGGCUCAGGCAGUGGCCAAGUACCAGUUGGAGCGCAAAUUACAGAAGGAAUUGGAUAGAUUGAAGAAGACGGAGAAGAAGUCGAAUGCAGUGGCUACGCCAGCAAACGACGACAAAAACACUGUCGCCAGCGAAUGGCUAACCAAGUGGAGCAAGGAUAUGAGCAAGUCGUCAGAGGAUCGAUCGUCCUCGGGAGACGCUUCGGCUGAGAAGAACGUGUCGACGCCCGCGAAAAUUCAAACCGUACAAAGGAUAAGACAAAGUUCGCAAUCGAAUGACAAGAGAAAUACGAUUUCCGACUUGAAACAAUUGUACAAAUCGCAGAGUGAUACGGAGAUAAAGAAGAGAAUUACCUAAUCGUAAUACGUUAAUCGUUAGUAAGGUACGUUCGUCGUGGAUUUUGUAGAUAGAUCGUUCGUCAGCUAUAUAUAUAUAUAUACGGUGAAAGUAAUGACGCGGGGAAGAGGAUUAAAUUGAAGAAUAUGGUUUUUACGUGCCAAAGAACAUUGGACUUGCUAUUAUCAGUUGUAGGGAAAGCGUGUUAAACCGUAGAAGUUUUUGUUCUUCCGACGAAUGAUGUGGUAAUACAGAAAUACCGACGGGACGCGACUUUGUUGUACAAAUAAGAAUAUGGCUACGGGUAACGCCUUCUAUGCGUUCGGUCUUGCGCCGAUUCGACGAAAUUUUAAGUUGUGGUUGUUGUAUAGAGAAUAAGAUUUUAUAUAAGAAAUCGUUAUUUGUAUACCGCUCUAUGAAAUUGUGUUAAAAAGCAGAGUGAAAUACUAUUUGCGUUU